AUGAGAGGUUUACUCACAACAGCACUGGCUGCAUUAGGUUCUCUAUCAACAUUUGUCAAGGCAGAAUCUAGUAAUUCCACGUUAGAACCUAUCACAAUUAAAGGUAAUGCCUUUUUCACUGGUGACUCUAGAUUUUACAUUCGUGGUGUUGAUUAUCAACCUGGUGGUUCCUCUAAUUUAACUGAUCCUUUAGCUGAUACCGAUGCUUGUAAGAGAGAUAUUGCCGCCUUCCAAGACCUAGGUAUUAACACCAUUAGAGUUUAUACUGUGGAUAACAGUGAAGAUCAUACUGAAUGUAUGAAUAUGUUGGCAGAUGCCGGUAUUUAUUUAAUCUUGGAUGUCAACACUCCAGAUAGUUCUAUUUCUCGUUUUGAUCCUCGUUGUUCUUAUAAUGCUGAUUAUUUACAAAAUGUUUUUGCUACCAUUGAUGCAUUUGCUGAUUACUCAAAUGUCUUAGGGUUCUUUGCCGGUAAUGAAGUUGUUAACAGUGUAAACACCACUGGUACUGCUACCUAUGUUAAGGCUGUCGUUAGAGACAUGAAGAAAUAUAUUAAGGCAAGAAAUUAUAGAAAAAUCCCAGUUGGUUAUUCUGCCGCAGAUAUUACUUCUAAUAGACAAUUAAUUGCUAAUUAUCUAAAUUGUGGUGAUGAUGAAGAUUCAAGAAUUGAUAUGUUUGGUAUUAAUGAUUAUUCUUGGUGUGGCCCUUCAUCAUUUGUGGUUUCUGGUUACGCUGAUAAGAUGAAAUUAUAUAAAGGUUACUCAGUACCAAUGUUUUUAAGUGAGUUUGGUUGUAAUGAAGUUAAAACUUCAAGACCUUUUACUGAAAUUGAAGCCAUCUAUUCUACACAAAUGUCCUCAGUUUUCUCUGGUGGUUUAGUUUAUGAGUAUUCCCAAGAAGCUAACAAGUAUGGUUUAGUUCAAAUUAAUGAUGAUGGUACUGUUACCAAAUUAGAAGACUUCACAAACUUGAAAAAUGAAUACAAAAAAGUAUCUAAUCCUCAAGGUGAUGGUGGUUAUUCUGAUUCUAACGAUAUCUCUACCUGUCCAGAUUACCAAAAAGGUACUUGGGAAGCUAACAAUACUUUACCAGCUAUGCCAAGUGCAGCUUCUGCUUAUUUUUCCUCAGGUGCUGGUGAACCAUUAGGCACUAACGCCUCCACUGAAAAUAGUUGUUAUGAUGAUGAAGAUGAUGAAGAUGAUGAAGAUGAUGAAGAUACUACUUCUUCUUCAAGUGCUUCAGCUUCUUCCACAUCUUCUGCUCCAUCUUCAGAAGCUUCUUCCUCUAGUGACUCAGCUUCUGCUACUUCAUCUGAAGCUUCUUCAUCUACGGUUGAAUCUUCUUCAUCCGAAGCUCCAACUUCUUCAACAAUUACUUCGGAAUCCAAAUCUUCUAGUAUGGUCAGCUCCACUUUAACAACAAAGGGUAAAAAUGGCAAAGAUGCUUCUGGUUCUGCAGGAAGUUCAUCAUCCAGUUCUAACUCCAAAGGUGCUGCUAAUGCAGUUCAAGUUCCACUAGUUUUUGAAAUGAUUUCUUAUGUCAUUAAUAUGCUAUUAUAG